AUGGAAUCCACGGAGGGGCGCGAGAUCUAUACGAAUUUAUCGCACACGCACGGGAAGCGGGCGACUCGCGUUGACUUUGCGCGCGUUCGAGGCGCGGACGUCAUCGCCGUGUGCUGCGGAGAAGACGUCGAGAAGAUUCACGCGUCGAGGAAAGAAAUUUUCGUCGGAUCUGUGGUCGUGUGGGACGUGCGUGACACGGUGAACGAGCUCGCGAUUCUCGAAGCGCGAAGCGAGGUGACGUGUUUCGCAAUUACAGAUGACGGACGAGUCGCCGGCGGCUUGGCGAACGGUCGCGUUGCGAUGUGGGAACUUCCCCGUUCGGCGACGAAGCAGAGCGCGACAAAUAUUUGCAGGUCCAACGAACGCGAUCGAGCGCCGUUGAUAUCGAGCGACGCGCACGAUUGCGCCGUGUUUGACCUAACGUGGGUCGGCAGGUUUGUCGUUUCAGUCGCCGGUCGUUGCGCGCAGAUUUGGGAUGUCGAUGGCGGAUGUUGGCGCGUCACGAAGACGAUUGAGAUUGGAUUUCACGUAGAUUCAUUCUCGACGUCGGAUUUAUCGACGAACAUUUUACUCGCGUCGUCUACCGGUGACUUUGCAGUUCUGCGGAACGACGAGUUUGAACUACAAGUCAAACCAUCCACACCGACUCGAGUCGUGUCCGUCACGCAGUCGCCGUACUAUGAAGACAUCGCUCUCGUGAUCGGCGACUACUCGUUCCGCAUACAAAACAUCAACACUGGAGAAAUAUUACACACCAGUCCGAACGUGGACUGUGGGCUAAUUGCCGGUGCUUGGUCUCCAAAGCCAAACAUCUUGUUCAUCGCGAAGGCGGAUGGGUGCGUCGACGUUUGGAAUUUGAUGGAAAAGACGCAUGAACCCGUCAUCAGCGUCGCGACGACUUCCGCGGCGAUAUCAAUCGUGCGACUGUGUGCAUUCAAGGCGUCGGGUACGCACGUGAUCGCGAUUGGGGACGAUGUAGGCUCUCUCCACACGUGGCGCCUGUCCAGUGGAAUUUCGAACGCGUCAAACAAGGAGAUUCGGUUUUCGGAGUCAUUCUAUCGUCGCACAAAAAUCAACGAGUCUUAA